ACGUCAGCAGGUCGAAGUUGAACCGUUAGGAAACAUGGUGGCGUAACAGCCGGUGACAGCCUUUACCUAAGCUUCGUCUUCUAAAGCACUGUAAAACACUGCGGGAGCUAGCGGAAACUGAGCUGCAAAAAUGUUUCUCGCUUCAGUACGGACAACGAUUCUUUACGGUUGCAGAAAUGCUGGAAAGGGAUUUCAACACAGCAACAAGAGUCCACAGUUACGGCAUUGGCUUAUGAAGAGAAGUCAGAGCACCAUCACAGCAGAGGCGGGGGCCUCCUCCACCCCAGCAGCAGCUACUGUCCCCAAUGCAGCCACAAAUCGCAUAGUAGGUCGCUGGUUACUCGGCUGCAGUGGGCUGGUGGUGGGGGCUGUUGUUUUGGGUGGUGUCACAAGGCUAACAGAAUCUGGGCUUUCCAUGGUUGACUGGCAUCUGGUGAGGGAGAUGAAGCCACCUCAGUCACAAGCAGAGUGGGAGGCUGAGUUUUCCAAGUACCAGCAGUUUCCUGAAUUCAAAAUAAUGAACCACGACAUGACUCUACCAGAGUUUAAGUUUAUCUUCUACAUGGAGUGGGGUCAUCGUAUGUGGGGUAGACUGGUUGGACUGGCGUACAUCCUUCCCACCAUUUACUUCUGGAGGAAAGGAUACUUCAAUCGUUCCAUGAAGGGAAAAGUUCUGGGCCUUUGCGGAUUUGUGUUCUUCCAGGGACUUCUGGGGUGGUACAUGGUAAAAAGUGGUCUGGAGGAGAAGCCGGAGUCUCACGACAUCCCACGGGUCAGCCAGUAUCGUCUGAGUGCUCACCUUGGUUCUGCCUUGCUGCUCUACUGUGCCAGUCUGUGGACAGGGCUCACUCUGCUGCUGCCUGCAGACAAGGUGGCAGAAACCAAACAUCUCCUGCAGCUGAGGAGGUUUGCUAAGGGUACUGGUGGACUCGUCUUCCUUACUGCUCUUUCAGGGGCUUUUGUUGCUGGUCUGGAUGCCGGGCUGGUGUAUAACUCCUUCCCUAAGAUGGGAGAACGAUGGAUCCCUGAUGAUCUGUUGGCAUUCUCUCCUACCCUGAAAAACUUCUUUGAAAAUCCCACAACUGUGCAGUUUGACCACAGAGUUUUGGCGAUCUCUUCCUUGACUGCGAUUACAGGCCUCUAUAUGUUCUCAAGGAGGAUGAUGCUGCCCAGGAGAGCUAAGCUCGCCAUCAACCUCCUCACAUCAAUGGCCUAUCUACAGGUCGCCCUCGGUAUCAGCACCCUGUUACUGUAUGUCCCUACUCCACUGGCAGCAACUCACCAGUCUGGCUCCGUGGCUCUUCUCUCACUGGCCAUUUGGGUUCUGGCGGAGCUCCGGAAGAUGCCCAAGUAAAUGCCUGCUGCCUUAUGGACAAAUCCAAUCCCUUUUAGCCACACCUCAGUCCUCUAAGAGACAGCAGUCUCAUUGUGAAUGAGACAUUCAGGUUAGGAGAAGUUAAAGACUGAGAACUGUUUUUCAUUUAACAGUGGAUUUUUAUGCAUAUGCUUCUGUCUUGUGACCCUGUAAAGUAAUGCUCAUGUUGGUGUGUGAUGUGGUGUGAAAUUAUCAGGGCUGUCACUGAAGAAAUGACAACCGUUUGGGGAUGUUGACGUCAGAAAAUGACGGCUUUAUGUGAGGUGUUUUGUUUUGCAAGAAAUUAAAGCAAUGCAAUAGCAAAAACAAGCACAUUUUUCAGUUUCUCUUCAGCUUUAAUGACAUAGCAACAGGUUUUUCAGUGAAGGGUAAUUAUAUUUGAUUUGCAGCAGUCUGAAUUCUGCAGGAAUAUCUUUAAAGAGAUUGAAUUACUAUUUUUGUUUGUGUAUACAGUUUUAACAGGAUGUUUUCAAUUAAUAUUUGAAUAGAUCAUUGCUCAACUGUUGCCUUCUGCCUGAUCAUACACUGCCUGUUAAGGUAAUCAGAUGUGGCUCCGGGAAUUUUAUGUAUUAUUAUGUAUGUUUAAAUUAUGAUUCUUUUCUUAUUUCGUGCUGAUGAAUUAUAAAGUACAAUGUGACAAAUGUGGACCCUUUAUUGUUGCUUUGUACUAUAUCUUUAGAGAUGUAAAGCCAAGAAAACUACCUUAUUCUAAUAAAAAAAACAUGUACAGUCUUUAAAAUUGAAA